AUGGGUUUCAAUUUCUUUAAAGCCGACGCGUUGUCGGUCCUCUGCGUUAUCACCAGCAUCUUUCUCCUGGAUCGUUCAUUCACUUUGCGAGAUUAAUUGCAGCAAAGCUCACGAUCAUGUUCAUUGCAACGUUGAUGGAGCUUCGAUUCCUACCGCCUCAAUCCCAAUCCAUUCUCCUCUUCCUCUUCUCCCUCUCCAUCCUCUACUUCUUCUUCUUCAUCUUCCGUCGCUCCACUCCCGACGGCGUCCCGGCGUACCCUCCCGGCCUCGAGCCGUAUCCUCUCCUCGGCCACCUCCCCCAGUUCGUCAAGAACCGUCGCCGCCUUCUCGAUUGGUUCGCAGAGUGCAUCGCGGCUACGCCCUCCAAUUCCUUCGUCCUCUGCCGCCCUGGCGGCGUCCGUGGCCUCAUGACAGCCAACCCCGUCCAUGUAGAGCACAUCCUCCGCGGCCGCUUCGAGCUCUACCCCAAGGGACCCCGCGUCACCUCCUUACUCCAUGACUUCCUCGGCGACGGCAUCUUCAAUUCCGACGGCGAAUCGUGGCGCCUCCAGCGUAAGACUGCCAGCUUCGAGUUCAACACUAAGUCGCUCCGCUCCUUCGUACUACGCGUCGUCCGCGACGAGCUCCUCGCCCGCCUCCUACCCCGCCUCAACCAAGCCGCAGCACAAGGCGUUGUCCUCGACCUCCAGGAUCUCCUGGAGCGCUUCGCGUUCGACAACAUCUGCAAGGUCGCCUUCAACCAAGACCCCGCCUGUCUCUCCCCCGACACCGCCACCGCAGCGCAGGACCCCUUCUCCUCCCGCUUUGCGAGCGCCUUCAACGACGCCUCCGACAUCACCUCCGGCCGGUUCCGAUACGCCGUGCCGAAAUUCUGGAUGGUGAAGAAGCUGUUCGGCGUGGGUUCAGAGCGCCGUCUCAAAGAGGCGAUUACUACCGUGCACGAGUUCGCCGUGAAAACUAUUCGAGCAAAGACGAAAGAGAAGCAGACAUACUCUGUUUCGAAGCCAUCUUCUCUGUUCAAAGCAGAUGAUUUGCUAUCCCGCUUCGUGGCCAACGAGGACCACUCCGAAGACUUCCUUCGAGACAUCGUCGUCAGCUUUAUGCUCGCAGGGAAGGACACCACCUCCUCCGCCCUCACCUGGUUCUUCUGGCUCCUUUCCUCGCACCCCGAGGUGGAGGCCAAGAUCCUGGCCGAGAUCAAGUCCAUCCGCGCGCGCCGCCACUCCUCUGACGACGAUGAGUUCGGCUUCGAGGAUCUCCGCGAGAUGAACUACCUGCAUGCCUCCAUCACGGAGUCGAUGCGGUUGUACCCUCCGGUGCCCUUGAACUCGCUUCACUGCCUGGACGACGACGUGUUCCCGGACGGGACGGCGGUGAAAAAGGGGUGGUUCGUGUCCUACUCGUCGUAUUCGAUGGGGAGGAUGGAGGCCUUAUGGGGGUCGGAUUUCGAGGAGUUCAAGCCCGAAAGGUGGUUGGAGGCGGAGACUGGGUCGUUCCGGCCGGAGAGCCCUUUCAAGUACCCAGUGUUCCACGGGGGGCCGCGGAUGUGCCUAGGGAAGGAGAUGGCGUACAUCCAGAUGAAGUCAAUCGCGGCGUGCGUGCUGGAGAGGUUCGUGGUGACGGUGGCGAGGGAAAAGGAGGCGCCGCCGCCGGAGAAAAUGGCGACUCUGACGCUAAAAAUGAAGGGCGGCCUGCCGGUGCACGUGAUGGGUAGGCAGAACUGCUAGCGCUGAUUGCGUGGUGGGGAUUGCCUGCAUACCCAUCAUAAUUUAUUAUGAUCCUAAUACGAUUAUUAUAAAUAAUAUUUAAUAACAGUUUUAUAUCAUAUUUUAUAUUAUUUUAUAUUUAUUAUUAUAAACUAGCAUGAAAACACCAAUGUAUUGUAAGGUUGUACCAAUAGAUCUAAAUAUUAAUAAUUAUUGAA